AUGAUUCCACCACCAAUCGUGCAGAGUGUCUAUGCGCCAGCUCGAAGUACGAUCGCAGAGUCGGCCGUGCUGGAGAAGACGUCUCCGUUCGAUGACAGGCAAGAGCAGUUACAAGCGGAUCUACAGUUCUUGUUGGACGCUCAAGCAGAUGGGUUGAUUCGAGGCUUGGAGGGUGGAGGAGCGGACGAGCGAAGCUCAGCUGGCAGCACAACCCCGACAAUGCACAGCGCGAAGAGCGCGUCCGGGACGAGUCGUAGGCCACCUCGUCGUCAGCCUGGACUUCGAAGCGCGCGAAAGGGUAUAUAUCGAAGCAUACUCGCGCUGGCCGCGUUGAAAGACGAGGAGCUACGGGACGUGGACAGGAGUAUACAAGGAAGUGAGAAGACGCUGGCGCAAAUCAAUGCUUGGGAACAGAAGCGUGAGGGUCUACGCGAGGCCUCGCAUCAUGUCGACGACAGUGAAGAGACGAUUCGAGUGCAACGAUUGCGGACAGAAGCGGAUGCGGUGCAAGCGGAGAUCAACAAGGUCGAAUUGCAGCUCAUGGAAAUGAAGACGAGACAUCGCAAGCUAAUAAGACAGGCGGCGGCGAUCGAAAACUCUGUUCAGGCAAAGAUGGCAUCGUACACGUCUAGUCUGCAGAUGCUAGAGGAGGAUAUACAGAAGUUCUUGAGCUUUAAGCCAGUGGACAGCACUUCACCGUCGAGAUCGCGAGAUGGAAGUCAAUCAGUCUGGCAGCUUCCUCCGAAGCGAAGAAACCUUGAAAUGGCUAAAGAAUACUGGACUGAACAGCACAAAGUGGUGGAGCUCCAACGGAAACAGACCGAGUUUGAGAAAUCUGCCUUGGUCGAAGGAGCAGCAAUGUGGGAAGAGACUGUCUCUGAGAUUACCGCUUUUGAAAAGCGCUUGAGAUCGGAGAUGUCAACUUUGACGCCGGACUCUCCAUCGGCUUGGGAGGAUCCACCGUCAACCACUGCACCGGAGAGACUUAAGGACAUUCUCGAGCAGAUCGAUACCGUCACCGAAUUAUUGCAAGACAAGCUCAAGACUGCGGACGAACGUGGCUGGAAGCUGUUGGUGGUUGCGAUAGGCGCGGAAUUGGAUGCAUUGAUCAAGGGCAAAGAGAUACUCGUAGAAGUAUUGGAAGCUAGCGGAGGUGGCCAUCACAGCGAGAAAGAGUCCCAGGAGCAUCUUGGAAACGCAAACGCGGCGGCCAGCUGCUCUUCUCGAAGCAUGAAGACACAGAUGCUGAGGAAUAGGCAGUGA